UCAAAAGAGUGCGCAAGUGCAGUGGCGCGUGGUGGGGAGGAAGUAGACCAGAGAGCUCAGUCUGGUACAGGAGCUGUCAGUGUGUAGGUUACUGCAUGUAGUGUAUCGACUCGCGUACGGCGUGCGUUUCUCGUUUUUUUUGUUACAAGCGAAUCAAAACAGGCGACAAGCUGUCGGCGCGAACUAGCACCACGGCGGGGGCCGCUAGUAGUGGUGGCACCAGCCAUCACCAUCACCACCGCAAGCACCGGUCACGCUCCACAACGCGAUACACCGACGCGGAGAAACCAAAAAAGAAGAAAAUUCUCAGCGGCGGGAGCACCUCCCUAGUGUCCAUCCCGAACACCAUCAAACUGUCUAUGCUGAACAGCGGACUGAUGUCGCUAGAGGAAAAUGGUGUCAAGUCCACGAUUCCUGACAAGCCGAUAGACCUUAAGAACUAUACGAAGCUCUGUGACCUCCGCCGGAAGUUCCAGGUCCUUUACAAAGUUGAGUUCCAGACAGCUUGCAAAGUCGAAACGCAUUCUUGUCGCCAUGCAACCAAAGCUGCUAAUAAGGAGAAAAACCAAAACCAAAAGUGCAUUCCUUAUGAUUACAAUAGAGUUGUAUUGGAGCCAUUAGAUGACACUCCAGACUCUGAUUAUGUUAACGCGUCGUAUGUGGAUAGUUUACUGAAACCGAAUGCAUACAUUGUGACACAAGGACCCACAGAAAACACAGUAACAGACUUCUGGAGGAUGGUUUGGCAAGAGAAAGCAAGUUGUAUUGUCAUGCUUACCAAGACUUUUGACUUUAUUAAAGUAAUGUGCAUGCAGUACUGGCCAGCAUCGAAAGAGAAGAAUGAAACACAUGGAGGCAUCUCAAUAUCCAUUCUCCAUGAAGAAGAAUUGGCCAACUUCCACAUCCGAACUUUCCUCUUAGCUAAGAAAGAAGAAGGCGCUGACGACAAAGAAGAAAGACGAAUUCUCCAAUUCCACUACACAGAGUGGCCAAGUCACACCUGCCCAUUUUCAAACUCGGUGCUUGAAUUUCGGCGACGGAUACGUGCCGUUGUCGGAUCCCAUCAAACUGGCAAGAAUGGACCAAUGGUGGUGCAUUGCAAUGAUGGAGGUGGAAGAUCAGGAGUGUAUCUAGCUAUAGAUGCAAACUUGGAGCUGGCUGAAGAGGAAGAUUGUUUCGAUGUGUUCGGAUACCUCAAGAAACUCAGGCAGUCCAGAAAAGGGCUUAUUGAAAAUUUGGACCAGUACAAAUUUGUAUACGAUACGCUGGAGGAGUUUGUGGUUUGUGGAACUUCGUGGUUUCCUGUAAAAGAGCUUUCACAGAGGCUGAAGCAGAAAUCCAUGAAGAACGUCAUAACCAAGAUUAAUGAAUAUCAGAGAGAGUAUCAGCAAAUCUGUAAACAAACACCACGUUACACCAUCGGGGACUGUGCAGGAGGACACCGUGGUGACAACAGAGAGAAAAACAGGGACGUUCUCAUUGUGCCUCCUGACAACUCCAGACCAUAUCUUACCUCAUUUCAGGGAAACAACUUUACAGAUUACAUAAAUGCAGUUUUUGUGGAUGGCUAUACAAAACCUAGGGAGUACAUCGUUACAGAGUGGCCACUCAAACACACAUGCGGGGAGUUCUGGAGUCUGGUCUAUGAUUAUGAAUGUGCUGCAGUAGUAGUUUUAUGUGUCCCUCCAAACAACACGCAGAAUUUUCCCUCUUUCUGGCCAGAGGGUAGACACUCCAAAAAAUAUGGCCCAGUCUUCACAAUUGACCAUAUUUCUCAUAACCACUAUUCAAACAUCAAGACGUGGGUAUUUCGUAUCAAUAAGAAGAUUGUGUCACUCACUGAACUGAUGGCUGGUGUGAAGGCUCCCCCAAAAACAGUCCAACUGUUCCAACUCGGAUGCUGGCCGAUGGGACAUAAGGUACCCACAUCAACUAAUUCACUGGUCGAGUUGAUGAAUAUGGUGGAACGAUGGCGCCAACGCACAGAAUAUGGACCAGUGGUUGUCGUAUCACCUGAUGGGCGUAGUCGUUGUGGAGUGUACUGUGCAGCAAAUGCUUGCAUUGAGCAAGUUAUUCAGCACGGAGAAGUGGACAUCUUCCAGGCUGUGAAAACUGUCCGCAGGCAUAGGCCUCAGCUCGUUGAAAACAUGACGGAGUACAAAUACUGCUAUGACUUGGUGCUGCACUACGUUCUCCAUUACCUCAAUAAGGACAUGAAAGAGAAAAAGUGAGAAAGUGAGCAGGAAACACAAUGGUAUAUUGAAUUUGGCCGUGGGUCUGCUUUACCUC